AUGGGUUGUACAGUGAGCACACAAACACUGGAUGACGAAAGUGAUCCAUUUUUACAGAAUAAAAGAGCUAACGAUGUUAUCGAACAAUCGUUGCAACUAGAGAAACAAAGGGACAAAAAUGAAAUUAAACUGUUACUAUUGGGUGCUGGUGAAUCAGGAAAAUCAACGGUUCUGAAACAGUUGAGAUUGUUGCAUCAAGGCGGCUUUUCUCACCAAGAAAGACUACAGUACGCCCAAGUGAUAUGGGCAGAUGCCAUACAAUCAAUGAAAAUCCUGAUUAUUCAGGCCAGAAAACUAGGCAUCCAACUUGACUGCGAUGAUCCCAUUAAGAACAAAGAGUUGUUUGCAUGUAAGAGGAUACUGCUAAAAGCUAAAGCUCUCGAUUACAUCAACGCCAGCGUUGCCGGUGGUUCUGAGUUUUUGAAUGAUUAUGUUCUAAAAUAUUCGGAAAGGUAUGAAACUAAAAGGCGUGUUCAAAGUACUGGACGAGCAAAAGCUGCCUUCGAUGAAAACAAAAAUAUUCCCAUUAAGAAAGGUGGCACUGAAAACAAUGCUGAUACAGUGCCACAUAAUGAGGAGGACGAUAAAAAUAGUACUAGUAGGCUCAAUCUAGAGGACAUUUGCAAGGAUUUGAACCAAGAGGGCGAUGACCGGAUGUUUGUUAGGAAAACAUCAAAGGAAAAUCAAGUGCCAAGUAGACAAAAUUUUAUCCACGAAGACAUUGCUGAGGCCAUAAAGCAACUUUGGAAUAACGAUAAAGGUAUUAAACAGUGUUUUGCGCGUUCCAAUGAGUUUCAGUUGGAGGGGUCGGCGGCAUACUAUUUUGACAAUAUCGAAAAAUUCGCUAGUCCGAAUUAUGUUUGCACAGAUGAGGACAUCUUAAAGGGCCGUAUAAAGACCACGGGUAUCACAGAAACAGAAUUCAACAUCGGUUCUUCCAAAUUCAAGGUUCUUGAUGCUGGUGGACAGCGUUCUGAACGCAAAAAAUGGAUUCACUGCUUCGAGGGAAUUACUGCAGUUUUAUUUGUCCUAGCGAUGAGCGAAUAUGACCAGAUGCUGUUUGAAGAUGAAAGAGUCAACAGAAUGCAUGAAUCAAUAAUGUUAUUUGACACCUUAUUGAAUUCUAAGUGGUUUAAAGACACACCAUUUAUUUUAUUUUUGAAUAAGAUUGAUCUAUUCGAUGAAAAAGUAAAAAGCAUGCCAAUAAGGAAACACUUCCCUGAUUAUCAAGGCCGUGUUGGCGAUGCGGAAGCGGGUAUGAGAUACUUCGAAAAGAUAUUUUUAAACUUGAACAAGACAAAUAAGCCGAUUUAUGUAAAACGCACAUGCGCCACCGACACUCAAACUAUGAAAUUCGUACUAAGCGCAGUCACUGAUCUAAUCAUCCAGCAGAACCUAAAGAAAAGCGGUAUAAUAUGA